CCCGGCCGCCGUCCAGCCGCUGCCCCCGCCGGCGCGAGCCGCCCGCAGCAUGGCGGGAGCUUCUCCCCCCCCCCUCCCGCACCACGGCGGGCGGCGGCGGCUGCGGGACGACGGGCUGCGGACACCCACCUCCGCCGAGCAGACCAAGGUGGAAGACAUCGUGCAGGAGGUCUUUGACGCCUACAAGACAAACCAUCACUCCUCACAAUUCAUCCUGCAGCGGGAGAAGCACUUCCAUUACCUGAAGAGAGGCCUCCGGCAGCUGACCGAAGCCUACGAGUGUCUGGAUGCCAGUCGCCCCUGGCUCUGCUACUGGAUCCUGCACAGCCUGGAGCUGCUGGACGAGCCCGUGCCGCAGUCAGUGGCCUCUGACGUCUGCCAGUUCCUGAGCCGCUGCCAGAGCCCUCAGGGUGGCUUCGGGGGUGGCCCUGGCCAGCACCCCCACCUCGCCCCCACCUACGCCGCCGUCAACGCUCUCUGCAUCAUCGGCACGGAGGAGGCCUUCGGCGUCAUCGACAGGAAGAAGCUGCUGCAGUACCUGCACUCGCUGAAGCAGCCCGACGGCUCCUUCCUCAUGCACGUGGGCGGCGAGGUGGACGUCAGGAGCGCCUACUGCGCCGCGGCCGUGGCCUCGCUGACCAACAUCCUGACGCCCGCGCUCUUCGCCGGCACGGCCGAGUGGAUAGCGAGGUGCCAGAACUGGGAGGGUGGCAUCGGCGGGGUGCCGGGCAUGGAGGCGCACGGCGGGUACACCUUCUGCGGCGUGGCGGCCUUGGUCGUCCUCAAGAAGGAGCAUCUGCUGAACCUGCGCAGCUUGCUGCACUGGGUCACCGGGCGGCAGAUGCGCUUCGAGGGCGGCUUCCAGGGCCGCUGCAACAAGCUGGUGGAUGGCUGCUACUCCUUCUGGCAAGCUGGCCUCCUGCCCCUGCUGCACCGCGCCCUGCACGCCAGGGGCGACACAGCGCUCAGCAUGACCCGCUGGAUGUUCGACCAGUCGGCGCUGCAGGAGUACAUCCUGCUGUGCUGCCAGUGCCCGGCCGGGGGGCUGCUCGACAAGCCGGGCAAGUCCCGGGAUUUCUACCACACGUGCUACUGCCUGAGCGGCUUGGCCAUCGCGCAGCACUUCGGCAGCGGCGACCUUCACCAGGAGGUGGUGCUGGGGGUCCCUGAAAACCGCCUGCAGGCCACGCACCCCGUGUACAACAUCUCCCCGGAGAAGGUGGUGAGAGCAGUGAUGCAUUUCCUGCAGCAGCCUGUGCCCACCCUGGAGCCGGGGGAUGCUGCCCAGUAGGGGUCCCGCUGCCCCACUGAGGAGGGUCCUGCUGCCCCGUGGGGGUCCCGCACUGCAGGCACCAGCCCUGCCCCUGGGGCUGCCGGGGAGCAAAGAGCGAGGUCCUCAGGGUACAAGCAAUACCAAAAACCAGCCUGCCCCGGGGCUGGCAGCUCCCCUGGCCCCCCAAGGCCGAGACCCCCCCCACCCCAACCUGCCCUGCAGGAGCUGGCCCAGGGGCACACGGUGGAGCUUUUGGCAUCAAUAAAGCAGAACCCAGAGCUGCCGUUUCCUGGGGGUGGGGGGGACAGGCAGGGCCCUGCCACCCUCCCCUGCCCCCUGGGGCUGGAGGGGACAGCGAGCUGGGGGGCUGUUUCCAGCUCCUGCCCCCUCCCCUCCUGCCCCCAGACCCGGUGGCUGCCACGGGGAAGGAGAAAAGAA